UGUUCAGAGGCUGCAGUGAAGUGAAAAUGAAGAGAGUCAUAGCCACUUUGUGUCUCGUCGCCCUGGCCGGGGCGAUGCCCACAUUAAAGGAAGAGGGUGUUAUGGAGAAAUUCCUAUCUACACUACGGGAUUGCAUGGAGGCGGAUACCAUGCUGUGUCUGAAGGAAAAAGCGUUGAAGUACACAGAAAACCUAGCUAACUCCAAGGAACUAAGUCUUGCUGAUGGAAUCGCCUUCUCCAAAACUGGAGGAUCAAGAUCUGCACGAAGCUACGAGCCUCUCUCUGACGAACCAAAGGUCAGGGAAGUUCAAAUAGAAGAUAGGAUUCUGGACAAUGUUGUAGACUUCUUGGACAACCAUGUUCUCCAGCUAAGAAUGCCCAAAUCCUUAUCUGAAGAUGACAAUUCUAUUGAAGAAGAAGGCCGUGGCAAGAAGAAGAAGAAGCUCAAGAAGCUCCUCCCCAUCUUGGCCUUGAUCAAGCUGAAGUUGGCUGCUCUGGUUCCUCUCUUCCUUGGUAUUAUCGCCUUUGCAGUCUUCAAAGCUUACCUUCUUGGCAAGAUUGCUUUCAUUGCCGCCGCUCUAGGAGCCGUCAAGAAACUCCUCGACUCCAAAAAGAGCCAUGGAUGGUCUGAGCCUUCCCACGAUGACCACGGUUGGGAAAGUAGUGGUGGGUGGGGCAGGUCUCAGGAUCCUCAAACCUUGGCUUACGCAGCCCAUGCCAAGCAGGCGUAAAAUGAAUUUCAAUUUGUAGAUUAUUUGUACAUUUUGCUCAUUAUUUGCAACUGAAAUUGUUUGUUUCGAUUUCGUUGCGUUUGCCUUGUAUAUUAUAUUCUCCAUUUACUUGGAUU